AGCACAACGCAAGUCUCAUUGUUCUAUUGCAAGAGCGACGAUAAUGUCUAUUCUGCAGUUGCUCACUCUGAUUGCAAGUUUGGUGACAUUUGCAGCUUCUACAGAGCAUACAUGUGAUUGUGCGACAAGGUCAAGUGAUUUAACACUCCAACAGCUUUGUCAAUCUCUUGCCACCAUUCCAGAACCAACAACCGAAGUUUCAAAGCAAGCUGCAAAUGGUUGGCGCGUUUCGCCAGCUGAAUAUUUUGGAACAGGCAUAGACGGACCCCUUGUUGUAAACGAGCAUGACAACGUAAAAAUAAACAAAUUUGCACAAGUCCUCAAGGUUACCAAGAAGGGCAGCGAAAAAUUAAAGGUCAACCGUGUCAACAUAUUCACUGCUGGAAAAGAAGUUUACAUUAUUCAGAUGAAAGGAACUAAUGCUGGUGAAUCAAUGUUUGCAAGAGUGAAGACUGUUGACUUUAAAAGAUCCUUUAUAAUCAUCAACGCUGGACUAACUUUCGAUUGCAACUCAACAGAGACUAAUCGCUGUCAAGUAGUAACCGUACCACAUUUUGUAAAUGUUACACUGAAUGGUCGAGCAAUCAUUUCUGGCACUCAUUGGAAUGGAGAAACCGGUGGAAUUAUAGUCUUCAGAAGCAAAAACAUGGUAGAUGUUGGCCCAACAUCAAGUAAAAUUUCUGCCUGUGCAAUUGGAUUUCGUGGCGGUGCAUACGGAGACAACGGAUAUGGUUUUCAAGGAGAGAGCUACACAGGAUCAGCAAUGAGGAGCAAUGCGGCUAACAUGGGUGGUGGUGGUGGUGGUGGAAGAAGAUAUAGUUAUUCAAGUCUUGAGAAUGGAGGAGGUGGCGGUGGAGCACAUUAUUCUUCUGGAAAUGAUGGCUCGAACAACAAUAAUGGAGGAGUAGCGUAUGCCACCUCUUCGAUGACAGAGAAAAUAUUCAUGGGAAGUGGUGGAGGAGGUGGUAAUAGAUAUACAGGAUGUUGCGCUUUACCGGGAGCUGGAGGAAACGGUGGCGGUAUUGUAAUGAUAUUUACUCCUGUAAUUAUCGGAUCAGGAGGAAUAAUUAGUUCAUGUGGUGGUAAAGGGCAAGCAGCCGGUCAUAACUUUGCUGGAAGUGAAUAUCCAGGUGGUGGCGGAGGAGGAGCAGGUGGUUCAGUUCUGUUAUUUACUGAUUCUGAAGUACCCCAAAAUGGAUCAGUGAGCAUUGACGUGACAGGAGGAAACGGAGGAACGACAUCAAAUAUCGGAUAUAGUGCUUAUACUGGCGGAGACGGAGGAUACGGAGUGUAUAUGUUGGGGCAAAAUACACGCGGACCAAUAACUCUGUACUAGAAAAAGAAAUUAAUGAAUGGCACCAGUUAGAAAUGAAGAAUGACAUUGAUUUGACUAGAUAAGGACAAACAUAAUGCUUGCGAGACUAAAAUCUCUAAACAGUGACGACGAUUGCAUACUAGAGUAGAUGGUAACAAAAACGGAAACAGCCGUUGAACGCUGGAACUACAAUAGCAAGCAUUUAGACGUAUACUGUACGAUUGAGCAGUGAAGCUGUAGCAAACGAGCACAAU